AAAGAUCAGAGGAACAAAACCGACCCGGGUCACUUGCUCAAGACUCAAGGGGCAGAACUUGUAUCGUAGCUGGUUCGGCGAUGGAAGCAAAGCCCCGGCCGAACGCCCCGCCAUUUCCUUCAUUCCCCUCUCCUUCACCUUUUCGUUUGACUCUUCUCGUCUUCCUCCCCUGAAAUAGUGAAAUUCCCCUCCUAACACCAACCACCGCCAUUUCCACCACUGCUUUAACAAUGCCUAAAUUCCAUCUCGACUUCAGAAACUCCCUCCCGGAUCACCAACAUAUCCUUCCAUUUCCCUCUAAUUCAAAUUUUCUUGUCCCUGGCGGUUUAUUCAUCGAGCCCAGCGUUCCCUCUUGCUUCCUCGACUUCAUUUCCCCUUUUAAAGAUACCUCCGGUUCCAAAAGAACGGUUUCUUUUGCUCGUAGGCAAAAGCGGGAAGCCGUUACGGUUAAGGAUUUGUUUUUUUUAUCCAUUAGCCUGAGCAACGGUGGGCUUGUUUCAGAACCCAAGGAGUUUCUGUUAGAAAACGGAGUACAAAAGAAGAGCAAUGGGGAAGUAGCGGUAGCCAAACCGAAAGUUAGGGUAACGCGACGUGGGGCUGUCAACACUACCAAGCAUUUGUGGGCUGGAGCUAUCGCAGCCAUGGUUUCCAGAACAUUUGUUGCUCCGCUAGAGAGAUUGAAGCUGGAAUAUAUAGUUCGUGGUGAACAGAGGAAUAUAUUUGAACUUGUUAAGAAGAUUGCUGUGACGCAAGGAUUACUUGGGUUUUGGAAAGGGAACUUAAUUAACAUUCUUCGCACGGCCCCAUUUAAAGCUGUGAAUUUUUGUGCUUACGAUACCUAUAGGAAGCAAUUGCUUAGAUUGUCUGGAAAUGAGGAAACCACAAAUUCUGAGAGGUUUGUUGCUGGUGCUGCAGCUGGCAUUACUGCUACCGUACUCUGCUUACCGCUUGACACUAUCCGAACCAAGAUAGUGGCACCAGGUGGAGAAGCCUUAGGUGGUGUUAUUGGUGCUUUUCGCCACAUGAUCCAAACUGAAGGAUUCUUUUCUCUCUACAAAGGUCUAGUGCCCUCUAUUGUAAGCAUGGCACCUUCAGCUGCGGUGUUCUAUGGUGUGUAUGAUAUGUUGAAAUCAGCUUAUCUGCACUCAACGGAAGGUAGGAAAAGAAUUCAGAACAUGAGUCAGCUGGGGCAGGAACUGAAUGCUUUGGAUCAGUUAGAGUUGGGACCAGUCAGGACAUUACUAUACGGGGCUAUUGCUGGUGCUUGCGCUGAAGUUGCUACUUACCCAUUUGAAGUUGUGAGAAGACAGUUGCAAUUACAAGUCCAGGCAAGCAGAAUGGGUGCAUUGGCAACUGGUGUGAGGAUUAUUGAGCAAGGAGGAGUUCCAGCACUCUAUGCAGGGCUAAUUCCCAGCUUGCUACAAGUCCUUCCUUCCGCUGCAAUAAGUUAUUUCGUGUACGAGUUUAUGAAGAUUGUUCUCAAAGUGAAUUGAAGAGGGACAAUGGAUCCUCUCAGGAAAAGAACUGGUAGGAUGUUGUACAGUGCUAUAAGAUGAGCACAGCACAGAGAUUCAGAGGAAGAUUUAGUCAUUAAUCAUUUAAACUUAACAGUUACCAUCAAUGUUCUCCACAUAUUUUUUACCUGAACAGAAAGAAAUGGAAAUUUUAUUGACAUGUUAACUUCUUUUCUUGA